AUGGCAACCGUAGAACACUGCCUCUACUGCUUCGAAGUCCUCUCCGCCUCACUCGAAAAGCGCACCCCAAUGACCCUCUCCCAAGUCCAAACCUCCUGGGCCGAAUACCCCAAGGGCCUCGAAGAGGAUAGCGUAUCUAUUGCCUCGGAAUCCGAAGAGCCUUCUACAUCUAUACACGCUGCGCCCCGCAAUCCGACCCUACAGCGAGUAUCUGAGAGCGGACGCUCGACGCCGGGGAGUAGCAGUAGUGGUGGUAGUGGAAGCGGAGCGAGUUCGUUGCGUCAGGAGAGUGAUGUUACAACGCCGAGUAGUAACGGUAGUACGCCGAGUUUCGUGCCGGUGGGAAUGCAGACCCGCGGGAGUAAGCAGAGGAGUACUAUUACGGAAUCGCCUUUAUUCGUAACGUGGAACACCGUCUCGCCCACCUCGCAUUCCAGACAUCUCCGCGGCUGCAUCGGCACUUUCGAGACACAACCUCUAUCUACGGGGCUCUCUUCGUACGCCCUGCAUUCUGCGCUACAGGAUCAUCGCUUCUCGCCGAUUACAAAGGGGGAGUUGCCGAGUUUGGAGGUUAGUGUUACGUUGUUGACGGAUUUCGAGACGUGCAAGGGGGCUCUAGAUUGGGAGUUGGGGGUGCAUGGAAUUAGGAUUAGCUUUUAUGCUAAGAAUCGACGCUUCGGAGCUUGUUACCUCCCCGACGUAGCCGUCGAACAGGGCUGGGAUAAAGAAGAGACGAUGGUCAGCUUGAUGCGCAAAGCGGGCUGGGGAGGGAAGAAGGAGAAGUGGGCCGAGGUGGGGGAUAUGACCGUGACGCGUUUCCAGGGCGCGGCAGAAAGCGUGGGGUGGGAGGAGUUCAAGGCGUGGAAGACUUGGGUUGGGAAGAAGUGA